AGCCACCUCCCACCAGCGCGCCGAGCCCUGGAACAGCCGGCAGCAGCCGCCACCCGCAGCCCCCGCCGGACACCGGCUGCCCACAGAGCGCCCGGGCCCGGGCCCGACCCCAGCCCCGCUCGGCCGCCUCAGCUCCGACAGCAGCGCGGCUCUGGCCGCGUCGGGAGCGGCCCCGGACCUCACCUCGACGGGCACCCCCAACCCCAUGGAGCUACACGGAGCCAGCGCCUCAGCGGCAGAGGCUCCCGGCCAGCCCGCGCCCACGGAACGGCCCCAGGGCGCUCUGGUCGCGGGAGCGGGGAAAGAGCCCCACAGCCACUCACUCUGCCACACGAAGCUCUUCAGCCCCCGCACCGCCGGCGCCAUCUUGCUGCCAGCCCCGCCUGGCAGCGCUGCCUUCCCCUCCCUCUUCAAGGGCGGCGGCGGAGGGCGCAGCCCGAUCCCGGGCGGGGCGGCUCCUGCCGGCCGGGGGCAGCCCCUCAAGAGGCCGGACCAGCCCACCGGGAGCCGGGCUCUCUUCCUCGGCCACCAUGGGGUCCGAAAUUCCCACUGGGGAAGUGCCCGGUGGCGAGGGCUCGUCCCCUGAGGAAGGAGCUUCCUGCUCAGGUGAGCCCGGGACGGCGGGAGGCGCUCCCGACCGAGGCGGCCCUGGCGAGGUGCGGGGAGCAGAGGGGAGCUGGAGACCGCCUGGCCGAGGGGGCUCCCGAAACCUGCCUUGCUCCCAGGUCCUCUCGGGGGAAGACCGGGGCUCCCUCACGAAAACACGAAAACGGCCCCCAGGUUCCCGCUGACAUGCGUGUAAACCACCAAGGAAAACACUGUCGGGUCAUAGAACGAUAGCGGCUGUUGACACCUAUAAUCGUCUGUCAGAAGUUAUAGUUUGAAGACAUAAAGUUGUGUUAUCAAAGGGAAACCAGCAUCUACCACAAAUACGAAGGAAUGCGAGGAAAAUUUCUCUUUCCACAGUGCCAGGUACGAGGAAGGUUAGUUCCCAGUCUGUAUGACGGUGUGCCACUCAAAGGGGAGUACGAUGAGGGCAUCACUCCCGCUGGAAAAUAAGAUCCUUGUGAGUGGGCAAAAAUGCAAUAGACAAUGAGCUGAAGACCAAAUGUCAUUGAGCUUAAUUAUUUUGUGAGUCUUGUAUAAACCAUACAGAAUCUGCACCCUAUAACAGGAGGGAAGAGACCCCCACAGCCAUGCGGCCACAAGCCGAUGCUGUGGUGGCCCCGUGUCACCGGGUUCGGUGGUGUCACUGAGUUUGGUGGCCGCUGUCCAGCGGUGAUCCCGCAGGGAGGAGCGGCCAGCCCAGCGCCACCUCCUCUGCCCCGGGGGGUGCCAGCCUGCAGUGACAGCACCGCUGGGGAACGGCGCUGGCAUCGGCCGCCUUUCGCCCCGUGUGAAGCUGGAACCAAGCUCUGCCAAGAUGUGUGGUGCGAAAAGUAGAUCAUUAGCGUUUACUGGAGUGCUUCUCGGCUGCCUAGAAAUGAUAUUUUCAGCAAACACAGCUCCAGAUAUACCUGUUAUUGACCAAGCUUAUUCAAAACUUAGCAACAGUAUCACAGUGGAAUGGAGAGCAGUACCUGGGGCUACUAAUUACAUGCUGACUGCACAAGAUGGAGAUUCCUUUGUUGAAACUAUAGUGAAGAAUUCUCCAGGCACAGUGACGGGACUGAAGCCUGCCACCUUGUACCGAAUCACGGUCAGGUCUAUCAGUUCAGGAGGAAAAAGCCAGCCUUCACCUUUCACAAAAGUAAAAACAGUCCUGGCUGCUCCAAUUCUGUCUGUUCGUUCUCCGAGCUGUGACUCCAUUGCAGUGAGCUGGAAAGCUGUGCAUAUGGCAGCUGGGUUCUCUGUGUCACUCAUGAGAUCAGAUGGUUUGGGCAGAGUGCUGAAGCAGAACACCACCAAUACCUCCUUGAUAUUUACAAAUCUAGAUCCAGGAACUCUGUAUACUGUCAAGGCUUAUGCCUGGAAUGCCAAUGGAGUGCCUGGAGAUGAUUUCACAUAUAACCAAAGAACAAGUCCUAAUGCACCAGUGGAUGUUAAAGUAGCUUUCAAUAGUGGUGCCUCAAGAGCUGCUGUCUCCUGGAUGCCAACAGAAGGAGCUCUAACUUACAGUGUCACAGUCUCCAGUGGGCUCCUGAAACUGAGGUGUAACACAUCUUCUGCCUCCUGCAUGGUGCCAUCCCUCCAGUGCAGCUCUGAGUAUGAUGUGUCUGUCACAGCACACAAUGAUGCUGGAUCCAGUGAACCUACUGAUGCAGUAAGCUUCAAAACGAGUGAUUCUCUAAUAGUUCUGCUUUUGACCCUUGUUCAUGAAUUAUGUCAUAUACUUUUCUAUUGCAGAGUUCCUUGUGCACCAGUAAACAUAUCAAUUGAGGAGGAUGAACCUGGUCACUUGCUGGUAUCAUGGUCUAGCGUCAGUUUGGGUCAUUAUUACGUGGUUUUUGUGAAGAGUGAUGAUGGCUUGGAAGUGCACUGCAACACAUCACAUACUCAAUGCCAUUUCCAGUCGGACUGUGGUUUCACUUAUUUCAUCAGUGUCUUUGCAUAUAACAAGGCAGGACAGAGCCCUUUAGGUGAUGUACUCAAUUACACUACUGCUCCUUGCUGCCCAAGUGACUUCAGGGCCGUGUUCGUGUCAAGCGACACGGUGCGGGUCACCUGGGCUCCCGUGCGAGGCGCGGACCUGUACGAGACCCGGGCGGCUGGCGGCAGCGGCGUGGUGCUCUGCAGGGACACGGCCACGGCCUGCAGCCUGUCGGCUCUGCAGUGCAGCACCCGCUACAACAUCACCGUCCACUCCUUCAGCGAGGCCCGCGGCAGCAGCGCCUCGUGCGCGCCUCACUACGUGGCAACAGCUCCCUGCAGUCCUGAAAUUAAAAAUAUCUCAAAGGAGGGUGUAUCUGUAAUCAGUGUGCAGUGGCAACCUAACAAUGAAGAAGCUAUGUACGUUGUCACUGCCAGAGGAGAGGCGGGACUUUGGCAUUGCUCAAGCACCAGGAAUUCCUGUACCCUAAUGGAUCUUCCCUGUGGAUCUGCUUUCUCUGUAAGUGCUAUAGCAAGAUCACCAGCAGGACAGAGCUUACCAAGCUACAGUAUCCCUUUAGAGACAGCUCCUUGUUGCCCUAAUGACCUGGUACUAACUCAAGUGACACAGUCAGUAACCAACAUCAGCUGGUCUGUUGGGAGAGGUGCACAGACAUAUGUAACAACACUAGAGUCUCCAAAAGGACAGGCAAAGUGUCACACACUUCAGACCUACUGUCUCCUGGGAUGUAUCACAUGUGGCACCAACUACACAGUGUCCCUGAGAGCCAUCAGUGAGACGGGUUUGACAUCCAGCUGCACCUAUCAGGGAUAUUCUUCCAGUGCUUGCUGCCCUUCUGGGGUGAAGCUCUAUAGACUCAGCAACAAUGGCAUCAGGGUGUUCUGGCGAGCUUCUGAUGAAACCAUAAACUACAAUGCUGAUUUACGUGGCUCAAAGGGCAACUUCAGCUGUACCCCCAGCUCGGGUCUCAGUCACUGUGAUAUCACCAAGAUACCCUGUGGGGAUGUCUACACUGUGCUGGUGGCUCCAGUGACCAACAAAAGGCCAAGGCUCACAUUGUGUCCUAAGAAAAUAUAUUCAGUCACCUGUUCUGGAAGCUCUGUUGGAAUGGUUAUUUAUAGAGGAAAGAGCAAUGCAAAACACAUCUAGAUGAAAUUCUGGUUCAGAUAAGGAGUCUCUCUUGCCCUGAAGCUGGAAAGACACAUCUGUGCUUAAGUGCAACAUUCACAGCUGCCUGAGGACUGGGAGCAGGAAAGCUGAACACCCAGCCCUAUCUGAGACCUAAUCCAGGCAGGACCUUCUCUCAUACUCCACAGUGGUCACUUUUUCAGUCGACUUUGAAAGCAAAGUUUAAAGUCAAUGGUUCUACACACACGUGUCUGUAUUUAACAGAGUCUUUGGAAGCUCAUGUGUACAAAGGUAUCCAAAGACAAGAAGGUUUCUAGCACUAUUUUCAGCUUAUAGAAACAGAUACUAUCCAUUCUGGAAAUUUUCUUUCUUCAGGGAACACAUGUUAAGUAUCUCAGCCAAUGGUUCUGAUCACUUGUGCAAAAUCUCAAGGGAAUCUCAGCUUCAGUAAGUUGCUUGUAGAUGGCCCAAGAAUUGUAUGCUGCUUCUUAAAACAUGAUCUGCAUUUAGUCAUGAUCAAACAAGUAUUUCUUUGGGAAACAUUAUUUAAAACUGCUCUGCAUUAGUUAAUAGAAAGUUGGUUUUAUUUCUCACUUAAUAAAAAAAAUUAAACAGCCUUCUUUCUUGAGGGUUCCAUGUAUUUCUUCUUUGCAGACAUCAUUGCCAAACACUGUCACCACAGUGUCAAGUGUUUACCUGGGUUUUUAGAGAUCUAAAGCAAUUGGUUUCUUUUGGAACCAAAUUCAAGCCCUGAGCUACUUUUUUUCACCUUAGCAACUCUGAUAAUUCCAUGCUCUAAUACUAUAAUGUACUUAAAGCCAUUCUAAACUGUUGGUGUAUGUUUUCUUAAUUUUCCCUGAGAAUUAAUUAACACCUCAAUUACACACUACAACCAACAAUUGUUGUAGCAGUACUUUAGCAGUUAAGUUGUAGUACUAUCUUCAUCUGCUCCUCUCUUUUGUCACUGAAGUGUAAUUGUAUCAGAAUGUAUUAUUUUUAUGUCUGUUGGAAAAAAAAAACCCAAAAAGCUUAAGAGGACUCAUGAUUUCAAGAAAAAAACACAUUGAUUGAUUCAGCUCUAAAAAAAGUGUAGAAGAUGUACAAAAUUAGCAAAACAGGGAGGAAAAGCAACACAAUGAAACUGAGCCACAUACACACCUCCUACUACGGCAGUGUGUAACCUCAAGGUGUUGUUAUUCAGGCAUUUGACAUUGUCUAGUAACAACUGUCUAAUAAACACUGCUGAUAGGUGAAACAGCACUGGAGUUCACUGAGCUGAUUAAAAAAUUUGGUCAGGAUUGGUUACAGGUUCUCUCCAGACUGAGGUAAACACACUUUUAUGGGUCAUGCUGGCUUCAGAUCCAAGAAAGGACAAUUACAUGUCACAUUUUUGUAGAUGCUGUUUCUGUACUAUUUACUCACAUGAAGCUCUGGACUUCAUGAAGCAAAAAAAACCCCAAGCAAUAAAAUUCUCAACUGAACAAACAACAACAAUCCUACCAAAAAACCCCAAACUACCCAACCCCACUGUCUCUUGAAAGAAGACUAGAGAACAAGAAAAUUACUGUUGCAGGCUUGGAGGUAGGCAGCAUAUGGAUAUGCUAAAAUGCUUUCAGAGCAGUAUCUGUGAAAUCAUGUGCACUAACAAAUUAGGUGAUUAAAACCACCUAGGUUAUUUCAUAGAAGAUUACUUCAUUAAUGCUUACUUAAUAAAAAAUUUAAAUUCAAUGCAUAAUAGUAAAGAUGUAUUUAGUUGGAAUUACACAAAUAUGAACACUUGCAAAAAAAUUUGUAUAUAUAAAAUACACACUGUUUUAAAUUUCAUCUGACACAGAAUAAUAGCUCCAAACUCAGAUUUCAAUCCAGUGAAAGAACUUGCAAAAAAUCUACCCUUCAGCUGAUUUCAGACUCAACCCAAAUUUACUGAGAUUUAGUGUUCUACCACAUCUAACUACUGCUGGUGAAGAGUAAAAGAGAUACAAUGACAACCUCAUUGCAAAACAUCAAAAGUGGCACUUAAAUGCUGUUUUACCCUGCUUAAUAGCUGGUGGUCAUCCAUACUUAAAGCUACACGCGCUGCACAAUGGGGCAAAGGGUUCAAACAUCUAAAGCCAGCAGAAUUCAUCAAAUUCCUUCAGGUUCCCCUAAAGAGGGGAACUUGUAUGCUGUAUGAGGCUACUAAUAUUAUAUUCCAGUACUUAGCAUUGGAGCCACAGGAAAUUUCCAAGCCAGAUGAGGCUUCACAAAGAUAACAAUCCUAGGCUAUUAUGGACACAUGGCAUACUAUGGAAACUUGGGGCUCAUAGUGCUUCGGUCAUGGUCAUUUACCCUGAGAACUGAAGAGUGAGUGCACAGACUGAGAGACAACAGCUCUGCAACCACAGCUCCUCCAGCUAAAAUUGGCAGAAAUUUUCUUCUAAUGCCCCUGAGAUGAAUGUCCAGUGCACCUGUACUGCACUGCAACAACUGCACAGAUUGGGCAGCACUGGCGCCUCCACUAGCUCACCCCUGCUCAUCAGCACUGCUUUCACAGCCCUACAGUUCCUUCUGCUUUUUAAGGAAGGGCACAUGAAAUAAUAAAAUGGCAUCAGAAAGACAAAAAGGAAUUAAGAGACCCUGGAUACAAACUGAAGAGCUGUAUGACAGUAAAUCCUAAGGAUAACUUUAGACAGGUGUCUUGAUUCAAGAAUUGUCACAGGUCGUGGGUGCCAGGGAAUAUUGCGCUGUCCAUUACACUGCUAACUCAAUCGAUCGUACUGAAUUCAGAGGUCAAAAAGAACUACUUAUAAAACAGGAAAAUAAAAGCACAGUCCUGAAAUUACUGCACUUGUAAAGUGAUACUGGGAUGAGCCAGUCUUUGCACAAGCUGUAGCAAAAUAUUCACCAUCUUUGUUGUAGUGAGACAGUACUUGUCCACGUUCAGGUCAAAGAUUGUCUCUCAAAUACCUGCAUUUUUUCCUGCAAAUAAACCAUUCUUUCACUGUACUGCCCAACAGUCUCAGAACAGGAAGAGCCCUGAAGGAACAACUGGAAAUCAGUAAUCCAUUUUCCCUGACAAAACACUGGUUCUGCAGCCUCUCUGGCCAAGAACACAUUUGUUUCAGAAAUUGAAGGUUAAAAACAAGGCCAAAAGAAGCCCUCUAGACACAAACAAGAUAAAUUAAAGUUGCCCUCACUGGACAGAAUCCAUGCAAUCCCUUGGCAGACUGCAGAGACAGUUCUAGUUAUCUACUAGACAGGGUAUUUUUUUCUUCUCCAAUCUUAAAUGAAAGCUCAGUAUUUUAGUUUUACACUGCAAGGGAAUGAAUUUGUUGAAGCUUAAGUUUUGUUUCAAGUUCAGACUUAAAAUCAGGUAACACAAAUAUAAGCAGACAACCCUAACGUCAGUACUGAAAAAUGUUGAUUACUAAGGAUCAUGGUGAUAAAGACCAUUACAGUUCAGAAAACAGGAAGAGAAGGAAGGAAGAAAAAAAGUUUGCUUCUUGGAAUACUAUGGAAUGAAGUAUACUGUUGGAAGUCAAAACUCUGUUUUCCCUGGAUGUUUAAAACUAAAUAUGCCUAGAUGACCUGCAUCACACAGAAGCAAAAAAGGCACAAAUAUUGUAUUUCUACCCUCAGGUUACUUCAUGAUUGAUUCCCACUUCAUAUUCUUCCUCUCUUGGGGCUGCAGCAUUUCUUUUGUCUGCUACAUGUUUGUUCUAAGUCACUUAUUACAUAAAAUCCCUUAUUCAUCCAAAGUAUCACUUGAUCUGAAAAUAAAACGUGGAGGAACUGAAGCACCCUUUAACUGGCCAUGAACAUGCAGGGAAAAGCUGACACUCAAUACAAAGGAAUUAAUCGAGAGUUUAUUCCAGGUGGUUCUCCUCACUGAGUAUACAAGUCAUCAGAAUAAUCUAUGAAAUAGAUUUGGACUUUAAUGAUAUGAUCUUUUUCUAUAAUGCAUUUUGGUUUUUCCGUCUAACAACCUGUUUAAAAAAAAAUCUGCCAGAUGAAAUGUUCAGCACAAACUGUGAUCUUUACUAUUUGUAGAAAAUAUGAAUUAAAAAAGGACACUAUCAGUUAAUUCUCAUUUUAAAUGUUUACACUUAUAAAAUGCUUUGGAAGCUUGAAACUGAAAUCCUUUGUGAUAUUUUUCUUCUUCCUACCUCCCUCUUCCCAUCUUAAAUGCCUUUAUUAGCCCAGGAUUAUCAUAAAUGACAGAGUGCAGCUGCUUAAAAACAUUAAAGGACCACAAAUGGAUAAACUGUUUUUUUUAAAAAAAGGAAGCUUACAUGGAUUUUCUUCAAACAAAUAAAAUGCAUAGAUGGCUACGGUACUCAUCCGUCAACCUUUACAGUGUCCGCUUGAGGUAGCCUUUCUACAGAACUAAACAAGCCCCAACAUAAUCUAAAUCCUUGCAUCAAAACCACUAUCUCUGAAAGUCCACUCAAUUUAACACCACUGGUGAUCAACAUAAUACAUUUUAAAAGCUUUGGACAAAACAGCAGAUACAGUGGGCAUAAAUGUUAGUUCUAAAUCUGCAGCCCUCAAUGUACAUUGUACGCACAUAAAUAUCUCAGCUAUAAUACACAUUCCAGAUCCAUCCCUAAAAGCCAUACCAUUAUGGAAAGCACAGCCAUGCUAACUUCAGGAUACAAACCAUAAUUCCACGUCUACAAAAGGAAAGUAUAAUUAGUGGCAGUUUAUUGCCUCAUACAAAUUUAACCAACAUGGCAACCAUGCCAAAGGAAUUAAAACAUUUUCAGGACAUAUGUACAGACUGUACAUUUCAGAAACAUCUGAACAAUAAAAAUGCAAGAACAAUCUCGGCAUUACAAAUUAAACUAAACAAAUGGUUUGAAACCGUCAAUGCAUUGAAUGGGUUUACAAAGGCACUUCCCUACCGAAAAUAGGAAAUGACAAUCUGCAGCCUAGAGGGAGGUUGGAGAAGAGUGCUCAUCAACUACUGCACAAUCUCAACUUUAAGAAAAAAUAAGCAGGAUUUAAUCAAACAUUUAUA